UUAGCGUCACAAUGGCGAUGAGAAGUCUCGUUGAGGCCGAGUGUGGUGGUCCGAAUCCUUUAGUAGACCUCGCAUCUCAUUUUACUGAUGAUAAAUCUCUUCGUCAGGAAGGUCUUCUGUCUUCUCACCCAACAGGCUUGGAACAGGCAGGCGAGGCGUGUGGAGAUGCGCUAGCCGAGCAGUUCCUGUAUGAAUUCCUUCAAGAAAGUGGACAAUACGACGCUCCACAAACGUUCAACAUGCAAGGGCUACUUCACGAAAUGCAUCAACUUCAGCAUGGUCAGCACACACUUCUCGAACAGUCACGUGAUGCCGGAAUGGUUGAGCAAUGGGCGGAUGAGUUGGUAGCAAGUGAGGAGAGAAGGCUGUCUCAGCACUGGAGAGAUGAACAUAGUGCCACUUCUUUGGAUGCUGAGCAAUGGGCUGGUGAGUUUGGUAGGGAAGAAGAAGAGAAGCAUGUGUGGGCCGAAGAGUUUGUUCGAGAACAAGAGACUGAUGCUCUGCGAGCAGUUGCUCAAGAUCUGGUUCAAAGCACGAGCAAUAACCCGCAACUAGGAAGUACAAAGUUCAUGAGUUUUAUCCGUCGACUCGGUGAUGGUUCGAUUGACUUACAUUCGACCGACAACAAAAUCCUGUCUCAAUCGUUAACCGAUGAGAUAUCGCAAUUGUGGGCAGACGAAUAUGACGAAGAGCAAGCAGCUGCUGCAGCAGAUCUUAAUCACGGCGUGGAUUUCGAUUCACAAGCUGACGUUUUCCAGAGUCUUCAGAAUGAAUGGGCAAGACUGGCCGAGGCUGAUAAAGAACAUCCGUGGCUAGAUGAGUACGAUUCAUUCUGGAAUAAAGAGUACCAAUUUCAAAAGGAAAACCCGCUCAAGGAUUACUCGAAUGCAUACAAGGAAGGUCUAAGGAGGCUGAAGGAAGGAGACUUAGCUAAUGCGAUUCUUCUGUUUGAGGCUGCUGUGCAGACGGAUCCCAAUCACGUCGAGGCAUGGCAGCAUUUGGGUAUGACACAAGCCCAGAAUGAACAAGACGCAGCAGCCAUUGCUGCACUUCAGAAGUGCAUUAGUUUGUCACCAGACAAUCUCACGGCAUUGCAGUCACUGGCAGUCAGCUUCACAAACGAGUCACUGCAGUCACAGGCGUGUGAUGCUCUUGUGUCGUGGCUACGAGCAAACCCUCGAUACAAACACAUUGUUCCUCCGGAAGAAUCAGUGAAGUCGUUGCGCUCGCCGUCACUGAUGACACACGAAGAGUUCAAGAGAGUCGAGGAACUUUAUUUGACUGCAGCACAGAGGGAUCCCGAAUUUGUCGAUCCAGAGAUACAAGUUGGACUUGGUAUUCUAUUCAAUUUGUCCGGAGAGUACAACAAGGCGGUGGAUUGCUUUCAAACUGCUCUGCAAGUGAAAUCCGAAGAUCCUCUGCUGUGGAACAAACUAGGAGCCACGCUUGCUAAUGGCAACCGUAGCGAAGAGGCCAUUAGUGCCUACCAACGAGCACUCGAGCUCUCGCCCGGCUUCGUUCGUGCACGAUACAAUCUGGGCAUCAGUUGUAUUAAUCUUGGAACACAUGGUGAAGCGGCUGAGCACUUCGUCACGGCUCUAGAUAUGCAGCAACAGGGACUAGGACCGGGCGGGGAACGCUCCCAGAUGUCAGACAGCAUAUGGUCCACACUUCGUAUGUGCCUGGUAAGGCUCGGUCGUCCUGACUGCGUCUCUCAGUGUGAUAACAAAGACUUGGAAAGACUAAAAGAAGAAUUCCAUCUGUAAAGAUAUAUUUAUGCAGG